GCAAGUUCCGUGUGUUGAGUGUUCGUUGGUGUACGGUUGGUGCGCCUCGGCUGGGCAAAAUCGCGUAAAAUGGAAACAGAAUUUCGCUGCGAGGUGAAGGUUGGCCGUUGACGAGAAGUGAACAUGGGAAGGUCCAAAUUCCCCGGUAAGCCGCCAAAGACGGUCACCAGGAAACGAAUCAAGGUGCUCGGUCGGCCUGAGCCAACCCAAAGCGAUUCGGUAACCGUCGCCGAGAACAUCUACUACGGACUUUCCCUGUUCAACGAAACAUUUGGUGACAACGAAAAGGAACAUCCACCAUUCCAUGGUUUUAGCAGUAAAGAGGCUAAACUUUCUGUAUCUUAUGUAAAAACCCAGCAACGUGAUACAGAGAAUACUGUUGCUAAUUUACCGCCAUCUGCAAAUAAAAAUCAGCCUUCCAAGUGCAGUAGUAAAAAGGAGACUGCAAAUAUUAAAAAUUCCUCAUCUGAUGCCGAGAACUUCAAGAGCAAUCUCCACGAUGAGACCAAUUUGACAAAAAUUGAAGCUACUAAAAAAAAUGCAGCGAUAAUAAAUCUUAAAGAGGCUACUAAAGGUUUUAGAGCUAGAGACAAUAAACAUACCAAGAGUGUAGGGACUUCGAAUUUGGUAAAAACUCCAGUGUUAAAAUCAGUGAACAAUAUAUUAGAUCGUCACCAACGGACUAGACAAUUGCGAAACAGUACUGCAAAGAGAUUACUUCAGAGGGCAAAAUCGAAUAACAGUAGUAAUGCACGUAAUGUUACAGUGCAAUCUGGUGAUAAAUCUGGUGAUAAAUCUGGUGCUGUAAGAAAGUUUGUUUUGCCAGUACGUAGUGCGCAUUCUUCAAGAGUAAUAAAACCAAAUAAAAGGUUUAUUGAGGAACUAGAGCAGACUGUUGGCUUAGAACACAGUGAGAAUGAAAAUGGUAAGCAUGCAAAAAAAGCGAAAAUCGCUGCAGGAAAAUUGGGCAGCCAUGACGCGAAAGUCGAGGAAGAGAACACCAAUCUGCUGACCAUGAAUUUGUCAGAAAAAGAAGCGAGAAAAUCGAAAAAGCUCAUUCAGAGUAUGAUACCGAAUGUCGAAGGUCUAAGUCCAGGCGCUAAUUGUAUAGAAAAGUCAAAUUCUGCUCAUGGAUCUACAAUUGCACAAAGCGAAUCAAAGAAAUCGCAACAUUUGUUAAAUAAAGGUAAAGCGGCAAAUAAAACGAGCCACAGUUCAAAUUAUGCAAAUCGAGAUGUCUCGCAAAAAGUUGCAACUUCGGUUGCCACGUCUCAUAAUACAAGCCACGGAAAACCCUUUAUUCCCACAAACCACAAACAGAUCCUUGUUCCUAUAAAAGUUCUUCCGGAUUCCAAUGUUCCGAUUUCCGAGUCUUCCAGAGUUCAAACAAGAUCAGGAACUCUCGGCGAAGCAUCCAGUUCUCUAAGUGUACAGAACAACGCUGAAUCUCCUCCAGAAUCUAACGAAGCGUUACGUAAACUGGAUGAAAAACUACAUGAAAGUACUACUGUCGAAGAAGUCAUUGAUGAUAAAAUUGACAAGACUAACGAACCUGUGAACACGUCGAACAAUUUUGAUAACUUCGAUACGGAAAGCACGUUGUCUGAAAGUGGAAGUGAACACAGUGAUCACACCGAGGAUGAACAAUCAGAAUGGACGGGAAUGAAAUUAAAUGGAGGUAAAGUUAUUUUGAGAAAGGCAAGGUUGAAGCUGGACAACAAAAGCUUGGGAGGAACAGAAGGACCAUUCUCAACAACUAAUUCACACAAUGGUUCCAGUGGAAAUUCAAAUCCGGGAUUAGCUGGCACCGUGAAAUGUGGCGUCUGCGGGGCAGUACGCUUUUACCGAUUUGUGAAGCAGGCACGCAAAUUUGGUAUACAUAGCUGUGAAUCCUGUAGGAAAUUUAUCAGUAAAAUGAUAAAGCGUCAAGCGUGUGCCAAGUCGACGAACAGUACUCUCCCGAUUCUUCAGUGUCACAAAGGUGAUGGCUUGUGUCUGGUGCCACCCGUUGUCAGAAGUCAACAGUGGAAUCUCAUGAGAUGCGUGUACAAGGCGCGAUGUCCAGCAUGCUGGCUCAAGAUGUGUUUAAAGUGUUACAAUAUGCCUUCGUCACUUAGAACAGGCUUGAAUGCUCUGUUACCACCGCUAAUGAGAGAUCCCAUAACGAUUUCAAUACCGCUAAGUCAAGAGGAUAACGAUGGACAGGGACAAAAACUGACUGGUUGUAAAAUCGGUUGGCCUGCCGAAGAUAGUUUAGAGCGAAACUUAUUUAAGUCUGCCAUAAGCUGGAGCGGUAUUGAUAUAGGACAAAAACCAGGUUAUCAGUCUACCGCCGUGGGUCUGCUAGGAAAAAAAUUAGACAAAUUCGACUACGCUAUACCUAUAUCACCGAAUAAGAAGAGAAAAAAAGAUAAUAGGAUAAAGGUUCGCAAGAAACUGAAAAAUCCUUCUGUCGUACCGUCACUUAUUAAUCAAGGCUCACAACUUGCUAGACAAAGAGUUGAGUUAAAGGGACCUCGUGUUAAACACGUCUGCAGAAGUGCCAGUGUAGCUCUUGGUCAACCAGUUGCGACUUUUCCUUCUAUCGAUGGGAAAGAGGAUAAUAGCGAACUUGGUAAGAACAUUCCAAAAGCAUCCAGGGAAGGGGAGAAGAUAGAUAAAAGAGAUGAAAAUGCGAAGGAUAAAGAAUUACCUAAAGGUACCUUAGCUAAUCAGGAGGAUAAUACGAAUAUUGCUAAUAGCACGAUUCAGCAGACUUAUCCAAAAAGGGGCAAGCUAGGCUCACAGCAAAUAGUUUCAGCAUCGAAUGCCUCAAUGGCACGUUCUUUAUCUAAGCCAAGCAUGGAGAGUAUUCAUACGAUAUCAAUAGAUUUUUGGGAACAGUAUGAUCCUGCAGAGGUUGGGACCAAAGGCUUUGCAUUGAUUGGCUCUGAACUUUUUCACAUUCCUGCUAUUUGCUAUCUAUGUGGCAGUGCUGGAAAAGAACCGCUAAUCCAUUGUCAGUGCUGUUGUGAACCAUAUCAUGCCUUUUGCUUGGAACCCAGCGAAUGGAACGCUUGUGCUCAACCCAAUUGGUGCUGUCCCCGCUGUACUAUCUGUCAAUCAUGCCACCUUAGGUCUGGUCCGAAAUUAUCUUGUAUUCGCUGUCGUCAAUCGUUUCAUCACUCGUGCUUGUCAAAGUCUGGCAUUAGUGCGAGACUAUACAGUCCUGAUAGACCUUAUGUGUGCCAGAGUUGCGUAAAGUGUAAGAGCUGUGGCAGUGAGGGUGUCAAUGUUCAUGUGGGGAAUUUACCGCUGUGCUCCAUGUGCUUUAAGCUAAGACAACAAGGAAACUACUGCCCCCUCUGUCAAAGAUGUUACAAUGAAAAUGACUUCGACACUAAGGUUUGGUAUGGUAUCAUCUUUUUACAGAUGAUGGAGUGUAAUGAUUGCUCCUGCUGGGUACAUGCUCGUUGCGAAGGAUUGUCCGAUGAACGAUAUCAGAUUCUCAGUUAUCUACCGGAUUCAAUAGAGUUCACCUGUCGCCAAUGUUCCCCAAAUCCAAAUUCCCUUUGGAGGAACGCCAUCGAGUCUGAGCUGAAAGCUGGUUUCAUAGCGGUAAUAAAGUCACUCAGUAAAAAUCGUAAAGCCUGCGCAGCUUUAAAAUGGAGCCCUCGUAAGGAGUGUCUCUGUAGGCCAAUUACCAGUGUUAGGAAGUUGGAUUUUUCUGAUGAAAGGCUCGAAAUUUGUGUUGCGAAUAGUAAAGAAAAUGGUAACCCCGAAGAGUCUGAGGAUUACAAUAGCGACAAAUUUAUUGACAACGAGUCUAACUUAAGCGUUAAUUUGAAAACGGAACAAUUGAGUAAGUCUGACCUCGAAUUGGAAGAACAGCAAAACGAUGGUCCAAGAAGAGGUUUAAGACGGCUCAGACAAAAGUUUCAUCUAAAAGAGUGUUCUGUUAGGGUGAAAAAUUGCAUUCCUAAAGACAGUCAUGACAUCGAAGGGAAGGAUACUCCCAAUCAAGAAUCUCUCAAUGGAAACCUUACCGAUAAUUCUAAGGAGUGCCUUUGUUUAGAACAGCAAAUCAUCGCUCGGCCAUCCCCAACGUUGAUGUCAGUAAAACGAAAAGUGAACGGUAAUGAAUAUGGUUCCCUGUCGCAAUUUCACUGCGACAUGGAGCACGUGAUCAAUCGAACCGGAAGUCAGGAACUGAUAGAGGCUUACCAUAAAACUUUACAAGAAGUUUUUCCUUGGUUCGACUCUAAACACUCUAAGAUCAAUUCAGGUGCUGGCGGAAUGUCAACGCCAACCAAACAAACGUACAAAGACUUGGACACAACGAUAACGAAGCUCGAUGAUUCAAUUUUGGAUACUUGGAAGGAGGAAGUUUUGAAGGCUCCUAAAGCUAUCGCCGCUAAGACUGGAAAUUUAUACCACAACAUACACGUCGAAGACAGUAGAUCAUGUUGUCUUUGUAAAGGGCUUGGUGAUGGUCAGGAAACGAAGGAAGGUCGGCUCUUAUAUUGUGGACAAAAUGAGUGGGUCCAUUCGAAUUGUGCCCUUUGGUCGAAUGAGGUCUUCGAAGAAAUUGAUGGCUCCUUGCAAAACGUUCACAGUGCUAUUUCAAGAGGUCGUUUGAUUCGUUGCACUGAGUGUGGCAAGAAAGGUGCUAGUGUGGGAUGCUGCUCAAAAAAUUGCAGUAGUACCUUCCACUAUCCGUGCGCGAGAACCAUUGGACUAGCGUUCAAUGACGACAAAACAGUAUUUUGCUCCUUGCAUUUAGCCAAUUGCGUUCAGAAGACACCACAUAGCGAGAUUGAUUUUGGUUUAAAGAGGCCGGUUUAUGUUGAGCUGGAUCGUAAGAAGAAAAAAUAUGCAGAACCUAAAAAAGCUAAAGUAAUGAUUGGAUCUCUGACGAUCGAUUGCUUGGGUACGAUCGUACCACAAUUUUCAGACACUGUAGAAAAAAUUAUACCCAGCGAUUAUAAAUGUACAAGACUUUAUUGGUCCACGGUGAACCCAUUAAAAAUUGUACGUUAUUAUAUACGAACGUACGUGCAAGUUUACGUGCCGGAUGUUAGUCCCGAUUUGGAAAACAACAUUACUAUCGAUCAUUCCAAAGAACGAGAAAGAGAAAAUGAAAUACUGGACCGUGAAAAGAUAGAACAACUGGCUGUAAAACAAACUUUGGAUGCGCUCAUAGAUUCUGUGUGUAAUAAAGAAGUCGAUGAAAACUUAGCGGAACAAAAUAACACGGAUCUUUUGCCGCCUGAAUUGAAGGAAGCAAUAUUUGAGGAUUUACCCCAUGGUCUACUGGACGAUAUCUCUAUACAGGAUAUCUUCCAGAAGACUACAUAUGAGGAUUUCUUAGCUAUGGAUUUAAAAAAUGAUGCAAGUUUUAGCUCAGAUCUUUUAAAGGAUGACAUACUAACGUCUGAAGUCGAAGAAAUCAUAAAGCUUCCUGAAAAUAAAGUUGCGAAAAUGGAUCCAUCUAUGCCUGAACUAGGAGCGCAAAACGAUUUUUGGUUACAUCUAGAGACCAAAAGUUCUGUUCAGGAUUUAAUGGACGACUUGUUUAGUUCGAAAAAUCAAAAACUUGGAGGUAGAGAAUUAAAAAGAUCAAAGUCUGAGGUAAUAUCCAAUAGUUCUGUUAUUCUCGGUGGCCAAAGGCACCAUCAACGAUCCUGCAGUUUAACUUGGAGUUGCAAAUUAGAUGGUACGUACGGACCUACGGUGAAAAGGAGAAAGUUACCAAGAAAUUCACUCCCUACAAGAACUGCUGAAAAUGUUAUGAUGAUGGAUUCGCAAAACGAUCGCACGUCGAUGCUUCACGAGCUAAGAAUUCCAGAAAGUAUUAUGCUCACAGUAGGCAGGAGCAACACACCCGGCAUUAUUUCUGAUUCUGUUCGUGAACUGAAAUGUUGCAUUGAAGAUUCUAAUGGCAUUAAUCGGCGUGCUAUUCCUCCAAGAGACGAUACCAAGGAACACAAGAGACUUUUAUGGCACACAAGGCAACAACCAAGAAUUUUACAAGUUGAUGGACCUGCUGAUCCAAGCAGCGCCAGCGAAUGUAGCUCUCCAGAAUACAACGCCGAAGAAAGACUGCCCGGCCUACGGAGGACAGAAGGUGCAACGAUUCCCCAGUUAGACGGCGUAAGUGAUGACAGCUUGUUUGACGCUAGUUCCAACACUGACAUUAACCUUAAAGGAAAUACUGACUCCAAAUGCAAAAGGCCCAAUAGCAAAGACUCUACGAAUCCAACAACAAAGUACGUCUUCAAAAUUCCCCAAUUGGAUGGAGCAGAUGAUAUUUCAAGUGACGACGAGUGUAUAUCACCGGAACACAUAGCCGAUGAACGAAUGAUGUCCAUCCCAAAAUAUACACCCAUAAUGGACCCCGCAGGUGGACCAGUUACAUGCAAGAGAUGUCAAUGUACCUAUAGAACUCAGGACAGCUAUAAUAGACACUUGGGAACAUGCGAUAUCAUGACAACGAGUGAUAGUGAUUCAGAAACCAUGGAUAAUAAAUUGGCAUCACCUGACUCCAGGUUUUCACCAAGCAUUGGUUCCAUGUCGCCACAAUUCAUCACGAUGUCACCAUCAGAGGGGCAUACACUUUCAUCCGAAUAUUCGGAUAUUCAAGCCACAUCACCUAUAGAAGCUUCAGUUCCAUCACCUCAUCCUGGAAUCCAGAUUGAGCCAAUAGCGCAGGCGAUCAUCACGCCGCAGAUUCAUACUCAUGCUACCGUGGAAACUGUCCAUCAAACAGUAUUAACAUCUAACGAUAUGAUCGUACAAACGCAGUAUACUAGGACAACCACAACGCUACCGAAUGCUACAGUAUUACCUCAAGAGAGUACAGUACAGAUUACCGAAAUAACUGAUCCACCUUCAGUUUCAAGUGACUCCAGUAUUAGUCAGAGCGUGAUAAACAUACCGUUAACAUCCCCGGAUAGUGCAAGUUCACAAACCAUCCCCAGUCCGCAGAUAUCACCGACAUUCUCAUCUACAGGCGUUCAAACUAUGAUCAACGAGACAUCUCAACCGAAUAUGCCAUCAGUUAAAAUCGCCAAGCCGAAAUCGCCACGUGCUCCAAGACCAAAAGCCAAGGGUAUCAAGCCGCACAUUUUGCGUAACUCCAUACAACCACAUGGGGGACACGUGAGAUUUCAGCCGAUGCAAAACAACGCUCCUGUCAUUCAAAUUCAUCAGGCUCAGAGGCCUCCUGGACCGACGGUCAUCUUGCAGCAAGUUGCUUCUCCAAAUAUUAUGUCAGCUUAUGUAGAAACGUUACAACAGCAGUCUGGACAGAAUUUACAGUAUAUUGCAACGAUAGGGGGACAGCACGAGGCCGGUUUUAAACCUCAGUUCAUAGCAGCCAAUCAAUUGGUGCCUGGGGCGUACAUACAAGCAUCGUCUGAUAAUCUUUUAACUCUGCAAAAUGGAGGAAUUUCAGUAUUGCCAAGCGUGCAGAUUGCCCAACCUCAACCAACUGUAUUAGGCACUAUCAUCCAGCAGCAACCUAGUGCAAUUCAAUGCGGCGUAAUUUCAUCCGAGCAGCUAGUACUUAGCUCAACACCGGCACUCGAAAUGUUUACGGAUUCCACGGGCAGCAUGUUCGUCUCGAGUCAGCCCAUGUACUACGGACUUGAAACUAUCGUGAGCAACACAGUCAUGUCCUCCAGCCAGUUUAUGGCAGGUGCAGUGCCGCAAGUAUUAGCAAGUAGCUAUCAAACAACAACUCAAGUAUUCCAGGCUUCUAAACUCAUGGAACCUAUAGUUGACGUCCAGGCAGUACCGACAGUCCCCACUGUUCCUGGAGUCCCUGGAGUACCUGCAGUUCCUUCCGUACCCACAGUACCAAGUGUCCCUGCUGUUCAAGCAGUACAAGGAAUGUCGGGAGUACAUGGAAGCUAUGUAGUGGUAAAUCAGCCAACAGCCAUAGCUGAACCAAUGGCGCCGCGACAGAUGAACGUUCCAGCAUCACCCGAGCUGGAAGGCUAUACUCCUGUCACAUGCAAUCACAUGUCACCUGCUGCUGCACGUUGUCAGCCUACGGUAGAUCAAGUGAGACCUAUUCAAACUCCGAAGGCGCGUACAAUGGACUCACGUGUUACUACAACAAGUAGAGUAACGUCAUCGCCUAAACCGCUUCAGCCAAUCGUACCGACAAUUCCAAGAGUGGCUGUACGACCAAGUCCAGCGUCGCAUUCUUUAAUCCAACCACAUCAAGGCCCGUGGAAAAUCACAGAGCCGAUUUUCGGGACUGAACAACCGAUUAGUAACAGCGUGAGGCCGUACUUCGACUCGAAGCACGUGUCUGAGAACACGAGUAUGAUAAAGUCAAGCAUAUCAUCAAAAAUGCCCCCGUUGCCGAAUCAUUGCAUAACGCAAAGAAAUAUUAUUGUAAAUAAAUUGAAUCACGAUGUAAAUAAUGUGCAUAAUAGUUAUAGUAACGCGCUAUCGAAUGCUAAUAAUAUUAACGUAAGUGUAAACAAUAGUAGCCCGAUUUUGGUGAGCCCUAGCAUCCCGAAUAAAAUUACGAUGCCUACGAGUAACACUCCGACCAGUCGUCCGAUGAAUCGAGUUCUGCCGAUGCAAGCGGUCACACCGAAACAAGAACUGACGAAGAGUGUUGAGAAACCGGAAAUUGGCAUCGAGGAACUGACCAAACCCCCGAUCAAACUGGCGAAGCCAGAACUGGAGCAAUCCGAGAAGCAAAUAAUUGAUAUAAUAGAACCAGUGAAGAAAUCUGAUGUAAAAGAAAACGACGUGACACCCGACACUGUAAAAUUAGAUACAGAGUGUAUAGACAAAGUUAAGGAAAAUUUCAAGUUGGACUUGGACACGAAGAAAUCGCAGAAUAAUACACCAUUGAAACUUGUUCUGCAAAAGCAGCUACAAGAUGGUUCUUACAAGAUCACGCAUAAUAUGAAGCCAGUCUCUCAAAAUAAGAAGUCACCGCAGGUCACAUCCGUUGAGAUAUUGCCGCCAAAGCAAGCGCCGCAAAUAACUUCCUUGCAAUUGUUGCCGAUCAAAACGUUCACCCUGAAGACUAAUAAAAUCGAGGAGAAAUCAAAGUCGACGGAUAAAAUAAAUCUAUUCAAGCCAAAGCCACCACCUGUUGCUGUUAAGCAGCCUAGGAUCAUAACCAAAUCAAUGAGACCUUCAAAGAGCGAUCCACCGAGUCUUAGUGUACAAAAGAAAUGUUUAACAGGUCCUAGUCUCAUGUACGAGAUCAAAUCUCAGGAUGGCUUCACGCACACAGCAUCAUCAAUGUCUGAGGUUUGGGACAAAGUCUUUGAAGCUGUUCAGAAUGCGCGCAAAGCCCUUAACUUGCCACCUUUGCCACACAAUCCACUCACAGAGAAUCUGGGAUUGGAGAACAAUGCCACGGUGUACCUAGUCGAGCAGUUGCCUGGUGUCAAUAGAUGCACCAAGUAUAAACCCAAGUUUCACAAUCCCACACCACCGAAACCCGGUGAAGUGGACAAUGAUUUACUGGCAGAAUGCGACAGCGGUGCAGCACGUGCCGAAUCGUUCAAGGAACGGAAAGUUCACGACAUGUUCAGCUGGUUGGCUUCCAGGCACAGACAACAACCUAAGAUGAUUUCCAUCUCAGAAACAGAAUCCAGGAGAGCUGCUAGCACGAAUUUACCUAUGGCAAUGAGAUUUAGGAUACUAAAGGAAACUUCCAAAGAAUCAGUUGGCGUUUAUCAUUCACAUAUUCAUGGAAGAGGUCUGUUUUGUCUGAGGGACAUCGAGGCUGGUGAGAUGGUCAUCGAGUAUGCUGGAGAGGUUAUUCGAGCCUCCUUGACAGACAAACGUGAAAAAUAUUAUGACAGCAAAAACAUUGGAUGUUACAUGUUCAAAAUCGACGACCAUCUAGUUGUCGAUGCUACCAUGAAAGGAAAUGCAGCGAGAUUUAUUAAUCACUCGUGCGAGAAUUAUAUGUUCCAGCCAAAUUGCUACUCCCGAGUGGUUGACAUCCUAGGUAAGAAGCACAUUUUAAUCUUUGCCCUACGUCGCAUCGUCCAAGGAGAAGAACUAACGUACGAUUACAAAUUUCCUUUCGAGGAUAUAAAGAUUCCGUGUACCUGCGGCUCACGCAGGUGCCGUAAAUACCUCAACUGAGACUGCGUAUAAAAUUAUUGUGAACAACCGGCAGCCGGGAAAAACAAUAUAAUAUAUUGUAUAUAUAUAUAUACACACACAUAUGUAUCGAUAUAUAUCGCUUAUUCAGGUCAAACACACCAUCUGAAGUUCGCCCGUCCAUUUGAUUUCUAUGGCAAAACCAACCAUAGUUGAUGUGUUUCGCCCGAUUAACGAAGUAUACAUCCAUAUAUAUGUAUAUAUAUAUAUAUAUAGACAUAUACAUUUACAUAUGCACAUACUCAUAUACACAUCCGCAUACACACCAUUCUUAUAAAUAUAAAUAUAUAUAUAUACAUAUGUAUAUAUUUAUAUAUGCUAUUAUCACGUGCGCUUUGGAAUAGGAUUCAUUUUAUCGAACGUUAUUGAUUUUAUCGUCAAACUAUUUUCAGAGAUCACAGCUUUUUAUUAUUACUAUUAACGAUGGAAGUAGCUAUACAUUAAAAAUAUUAGAAGGCCAGAUAUAUGUAAAAUGCGGCGUUAUGACAAUGUUACUUUAGACAGCUACGUCACGUAGUUGAUUUAAGAACUAUACUUAUAGCAAUAAACGAUUCACUAUGUGAUGCUUUCGCGCUUCGAGAGUCGCCAGCACGACUCUUCGGGAACACUUUAUUAUACACACGCCUGUGCUUUGUUGCACGACUUUUAGAUUUCUACACAUUGUCCACUAUCGAGGCUUAUUCUUCGAGUUACAUUACGCAUUACACUAAAUGUGGAUUUCCAUUAGAGUGACGGCACUUGAAGCUCUUCUCUCGAGGAUAUGACCCCUUCGGCAUUCUGCGGUGCGUUAUACCUUAUUACAAUCUUCUUCCUUGCUCUUCUUUGAACUUGCGUCGGACGCAAGUAGUCUUCCUUAUCCUCGAAAUUUGAGGCGACUGGGUCAAUUUUAGGAUACCAGAUACUUGACGAUUCGAAUAUUUAAUUCGCGAAUUCACGUCGUGCUAUCGUCAGCCGUGAAUUUCUUCUGUAAAGACAGUUUUUUUGGCCCACAGAUCGUAACGUAAAGUAGGAAAAUACGUGAAAGUAAUGAAAAUGUACAAAGUGACAAAAUAUCCAAUAAUGGACACAAAAAUUGUAACGAUAUAUUGCGAUCGAAUUGAGAAAAAUCGAUUUAAAAAUUACAUUGUUUAAAUUUUCGAUCUAUGAUUCGCGUUCAAAAUUUUAUUGACGUUAUUGACUAUCAAUCCCCUUGAUUUGCAAGAGAUUACUUAUUCCCUAAUUUUGGCCAACGGGGCAGCUUGUGGAACCUUAUUCCUUGAGGUACAACCACGAAUACAAAAAAUGAAUUCUACAUAAUUUAAUCUAUCGUCCAUACUCUCAAGCAUGGAUAUCCUGCUUUUAUUUUCGUACUUACCUUGUUUUUUGGUACAUCCAGAUUUAGUGUACAGUGUACCAUUAACUUGAAUGACUUUCCGUGUCUGCUAUAGGGCGAGGUUUAAAAAAAUUCUCUUGUAAAAUAUGUAGUUGUUAAUCUAGGCAUUGUCUCUCGAUGUAAGUAAAUAACCAGUUUAACCUAAGAUAGGCACGUAGGCAUUAAGGAGAGAGAGAAUAGAGAAUGGCAAGAAUGGACAGUCCCACCCUGUGUGAGGACUGCCUCAAAGGUGUACCUACUUUGGCAGACAUUGAUAAAAAUUUGGAGUCUAUCGAACAAAGAACGAAGAACGUAGUGAUACCGCCUUUAUUAUACAUGUAAGACCUUACGAAUAAGGCAUUUAUUUUCUCACGAUUAUCGUACGACCUUUUUUCGUACAGUGUAAAAUCAUUUUCAACGCGUACAAACGCGAGACCACGAAUCGCACGUAUUGGAUUCGUUCCAAUCGGAUCAAAGUACUUUUUGCUUUCUUUUUUUUUUUUCUAUCGGUUUUUUAUCUGUCGCGACGUCAAUGAGCUUCCGCGUUACCUGGAAGAUAUGUCGCGGGAUUAUACCUGUGAAUUUGCUUUAUUUCUCUUAUUGUUAGUAGCAAAUAAGAUAUCUGUACUGAACGAUACAUGCCACUUUAGAUAAAUGGUUCGAUCGGUGAAGUGACGACGCGUUGAUAGAAGAAAAAACGUGGAAUAAAGGAAAAUUUCAUAGUAACGUCGCUGGAGUGAUGGACGCGUGAAAAAUUGAGACACGCGUUAGUCAUUACUCGGGCGGUUUCGCGUGGCCUUUUUUUAAAUAUAAUUUUCCCACGCGGAGAAAUGGGGAAAGCGGAAAAUGUGUGAAUAACGAUUUUUGGGAAUUGAGAUUUGUCGGAUGUGUUAAUGACAGAUUAUCGUCAUACGAUGUUCUCAAUGGAGACGGAACUCGUGAAACACGUGUCGGCGAUAGGUGUCGAGGAGCUACUUUGCCUUAAAAAUAUAUUUGAGUAUAUAUGUAAGCUUUAACCCGGUGAUAGUUUUUAGGAACGUACUGACGGCUUCUUCGGCCAUCGAAACAUUAAGUGCCGUACUUUUUAUCGUUUGUAACGUUUCCUCCGUAGGACGAACGGCGGUGAAAGUAUUUUCACGUAUGAUCGAUCAAUCUCUGCCGAGGUAGAUGUCCCUUAAAUUUUUGGUGCUCCAUGGACACCGUUAAGUGCACUUUUCAUGAAAAAAUGGCCUAGAGUAAGGUGGUAGUAGGUUGCAGCAAAGUGUUUGAUAAUAAUAAGAAGAGAAUGAGAAAAGAAAAACGUUAUACGAAGAUUAUUGAUUGCGAAUUAUUUAACGGAGUAAUAUAAAGGAUAAAUGAUGGCAGGAACAUUAUUUGAGCGCGCGAUUAAUGUCGAAUGUGCUACAUUUCUAAUCGGCCUGGUUUGGUACAAAAUAUGUAUGAUGAGUUGUAAAAAGUUGUAAAACGGGGUGAAAAGUGGAAACUUGUUCUGGUCACGAGAAAUUGCCAUUUUUUUUAGGUAUUUUGAAUCUUUUUUUUUUUUUUUUCGUUUUUUUUUUUUAAUACUGUAAUUACCGAUAACGAUUAAUAAUUAUUAUCCGAAGACGAAUAUUGUUAAUAUAAUGAUAAUUAAUUUUAAUCUGUAAAGACGAGUAAAUACAAAAUAAGGAAGGUAAUGAUUUACUUGAAAAUAUAAUAGCAAUGUUAGAUAUUUUAUUGAUAUUUAUUGAUUACAAGUGACGGUUUUAAGAUCGAUGAAAAUCACUAAUUCAAUUUAAGGGAGACAUCGGAAGAGGAGAGUGCGUGCGACAAGCCGAUGCUGUUCAACGGAUUCAAAUGUCUGAAACACCCAACCGUACCUUCGAAACCCGACCUUUAUAUCAUUUGAUCCUCUUCGUUUUUCUCCUUUUCUCGAUUGUACGCACCAUGAAGAUAUGUGCUUUCGGUUUUCAAUAGGUUAACUCAAUUUUCUGUGUAUACAGCGAUCAAAAAGAAUUUCGAUCAGCAUAAGAUCUGGCGUAAUAGCUCGAGCCGACCGUGAUUUUGAUUUCGGUGGUGGACAUGUUCUAAAUAAUUUUCUCUCCGCUGAAGUCGCCGACCUGAGUGUUCGCGAGAGUGUACGGUCUGCGAGGCGCAUGACAAAUCGAACGUAUAAUUAUAUGUACAUCCCCGCAAACAUGUAUAAUAUACAUUUUAGUAACGUGGGUCGUACGAGAAAUUGCGCGGAACGUGCUAUUUUUAAAUUAUUCUAUAUUAUUUAUAGUCCUUAUGAAAUUUCUCACACCCUCGGUGAUGAGGUUUAACGAAAUAAUAAACUAGCUUUAGCAACUCGUGUGAUGGGAGACGAAAUUAGAUUUAUUAUUGUAUACCUUCUACCUGCUAAAUCUUUCUUACGACAGUUUACUCUCUGCACUUCUGUCUCGCGUACUCACUGUAUCGCCUAUAUAUUAUAUAUAUAUAUAUAUAUUUCUUUCUUCUCCACUUCGUCUUUCUUCCUCUUUCCGACUUUUCCGUCGAUCCUCGCGUUCUUGCACUUGCGUUACGGUGCGCUUAAAAUCCGUUUAGUAUUUCACGCAUCGACCCACUUCGUAAUUAUUAAUUAUUGUAUUUACAAGUAAAAAUGGCAUAAGAGCAUCACAACUCAUUCGCACGUAUAGUAGGUCACUUUGAACACUGCUUUCUUUUUUAAUUAUUUUUCACGACACCCAACCACACCUUUCGACGGCGAUUUGUUCUUUGUAUUUUUCAUAUGUGCGUGAGAGUGUUGGGCUGCGUGAGAAUGCGCGUGUGUAAGGAUUCAAGUCUCUCGAAAGUGUAACGAGUGAGAGAAUGAGUGGAAAAUGAAUGCGAAGAAGUUUACAAAACUAAUCGAAAGGAGUGAUUGAGAAAAAUUUGAAGAAAUUUGCAAGGUAACGUUAAUUCGUUAAGCAUACGGCAGCGGGAGAUUUGAUUAGUCUGAAUUCGAUUGUCAAGACUCAUCGUAUUUGGUGGUGAUUAUUUUCUUUUGCGCGAACGAAGAAAGUGAAAAUGAAAUAAGGCAAAACAGAGAGAGGGAAAUAUAAUCACAAGAUACCUUUCUCAGCGAAUUCUCAGUUAACGAGCGUUAAAUGGAAUGGAGCGGAUGGCAGUGAGAGAAGGUGGCAAGAAUGAAAAUCGUAAAUAUCACGUGUGUAAUACCUGCGCUGUUUUAGAUGAUUCGUAACAUUGUUAUAUGCCCGUCCAGAAGUUUCACCUUCUCAAAUGUCCCCUGAUUUAAGGAAGUAAACUUUCGUGGGAUGUAAGGAAUUAAAAUUGAAAUGUAAAACGCUUCUUCGAAACACGUAUAAACAUACUACUAUUCUAAUGUCUAAACGAGAAAAAACGGAAAAAUAGUAUAGAACUAUAAAUAUUGUGCUUGUUUUAAAAAAAAAAAAAAAGAGAAAACGAAAGAUGGAUUAAUGAUAUCGACGACAAAAAAAAACGAAAUGAAAGAAAGGAAAAUUGAAAAAAUUGUCUGUGAUUAUCAGUCAUAAUAAUCUUUAGGUCGACAUAUUUUUUAGAAGAUAUUUUUUAGAAAAUUACAAAAUUUAUAAUAUAACCUUAUUAUUGAUAUGAUAUUGGAUCAAACAUGCUACGCAUAAUAUUAAAGUAAAAAAAAAAGAAAAAGAUGAACUGUAAAAGUUGCAAGAUGUUUAAUAGAGUUAUUACUAUAGUUGAGAUCGAUGGCUGUUGUAAAAUAUUCAGUGUUUGGACAAAUAAUUAUUAAAACUAUUUAUAACGACUAAUAUCAAGGUAUAUUAAUAUUACGAUAUUGCAUAUAUUAGUAGUCUUUCUAACCCUUUGCGUUCAGAUAUAUUCAGCAUGAGACUAGACUCUAGUAUCGUACCAGAAUCAUUAAAGCUGAACCACAAACGAAAUGUUAUUAAGAUAAUGGGAUGCUGCGAUAAAAAGGAAAGCAUCAUACCACACGUUUUUGCGUGCAAAUCGUCGUUAUAAAAUCCAUCUACUUACUAUAGAAAACUAUGAAGUAAUCGUAACAUUUAACCGGAAGAUAUUAUGCGUAUUGCAUAGAGAAACACAUAGCCGCUUUCAUCAUAAUACACCCACACACUUGCCUACGUAUCCGCAUUUACACGAGAAUAAACACACAGGUACGCCGACACGUGUCCCCUCUUCUCUUUCUCACAAAAAUACAGAUUUAACACAAUUACUAAGCUACACUCGUCCACACGUACACACACGCCCAUGUUUUUGUAAUUAAAUGUUUUGUUAGUAUUAUACGAGAAAAUUAACAGAAUAAAAACACAAAUGGAAAUAUAUAUAUAUAUACACA